CAGCAUAGUCUACAUUGCGUCUUUCAAUAUAUCCUAUUAGGGCUUGCCAGUGCACCCGACACCAACCUCGGAACAUAUACUUCUACAUAUAUUUGAGGUUAGAGUGUCUUCGUGCCAUUCGAUAGUGUUGUACUGUCUGUAAUAAACACAUCUACCACAAUUCAUUUGACGAUGUCUACAAUUGUCCGCACACAGAGCGGUUGCGAACUGCUAUUGCGAUGCAACGGUACUGCGGGACGAAGUAGUGUUGUAUACAGUCAUAGCAAUCCCCUAAUACUUGUGGAUGGCAGAGAUUUGUGCAGCAGGAACGAGGAUGUAUUGAGCGUGAGAUCCUUAAAAAUACCCGGAAGGAGCUCUCCUUCGAUUGCACAAAUGGAGUGUGCGAACGGGGUUAUCUGUUGCGAGAAGGUGCAUCCCGUACACGAAAUCAUUGUAGGGGACAGUAAAAUCAGUACUAAGCGAAAAGGUCUCAAAGUGUGCAGUGAUAGCCUCUGUUUCAGUGUUCCCGAUGUAUUACAUAGAUGCGAUGUCUGUGAGCUCGACAGGGUUGUGGACCGUGCACUUGUAUAUGGCAAUUUAAUCGACAAUAACGAAAAGAAGCAGGAUUUACAAUUACAGGGGCAGCAGCCAGAGGUAGAAGCAGAUUCACAGAACUUGCAAGCCCUUGAACCCAAAGAUGAGGUUAAAGUGACCCACGUGCGCUGUAGUAAUAUGCAGUGUACAGAAAUCUCAGACACGUUGAUUCUGUGUAAAGGUUGCGAGCGCGAGUACUAUUGCGGUGCGAGGUGUGCGGCACUGGAUAGAGACCGACACGCACCCUUGUGUGGAUUCAAGGUGGCAUAUGAAUCUAGUAUGGGUAGGGUAUUGAUAGCUCUGCGUGACUUUAAGAUGGGAGAUGUUGUGCUGAGGGAGCCCUUGCUGAUGUGGGAGUCUCACAAAGAGGAUGAGGCACCAAUGAAUUUCUUGAAGGCGUACUUAAGCGCAGAUAGAGAGACCAGAAGGAAGAUUGACGACCUGUACACCCCGAAUUCUGACACAGAUAAUGUGAAUGUUUUGUAUGCAAAAAAUACGGCUGCAAGCCUGGCGAAACUCCAGGCACAGAUGAUAGUGCCCGAUCAUAAAAGUGUGUGUACGUGCGACUGUAGUAAGCAAGGUAGCAAGAAGAGUAAUAGCGACAUGAGAUAUGUCGAAGACUGUACGGGCGAAGGCGAGUGCGUUUGCGAGUGCAAGUGUACACCAAAAGACAGAAUAGAUCGAGAAUUUAAGCACAUAUCGCAAAACAGUUUAGUACGUCUAAUGCUCAAACGGAAUUUCAAUGCCUGGUCGAUGGAUCCUUCGGGAACGAAGGAGGGUCUGGGCUACUAUGCCAGUAUGCUGAACCAUUCGUGUGACCCCAACGUAAAGGGUGGGCCUGUCUCAGGCACGCUCGAGUAUACAGCCACCCGUGCGAUACGUAAAGGUGAGGAACUGACGGUAUCCUAUUUCGACAAUUCGCUGAUCUUCCAGAGUCUGCAGGAGCGCAGAGAGGCUCUGCUGGCAUCACACGCGUUCCAGUGCUGCUGUAAUAGGUGCAUCGGGCCUGACUUGGUGCGCCCAUUGCACUGUCCUGUGAACGGAUGCGAUUCUGUGUGUUUGCGGACAAGUUCGAUACAGUAUGUGGAUGAUGACUCGUCCGGGGGGCCUGACCCCGGGGUGUGGAUAUGCCAGGACCCUGGCUGUAGUUUCAAGGGCUCGGACAAUGAAGGAGACAUGCCAGUGCAGAUAAGCGCAGAGAAGAGACUGCUGCGACUAGCGAAUGUCACGGAGAGUCGAGAGGACUUUCUGUAUAAGUUGCGGAAGAUGGAAGCGGUGCUGCCCCCUGCGCAUCAUGCCUACCUGAAGCUGUUCCACUGCUACGGCUUGGCGUUAGAGGAUAUUCGCGCGCCGCUGGCGGAUAAGCAGACAACUACGUUCGCCUUGUUGGAACUUAUUUUGUGGCGUGAGCGGUUUAUGGCUAUCCAUACGGCGGCCAGAUGUAGUCAGGAGCACGGAAUGAAGUGGAGUAUAGACAGUUGGUGUAAGAAUAAGUGGAGGUUAGUGAAGUGGAGUGGGCGCGAGCAUGCAUCGGAGAGCACACACGAUUAUCUAGUAGAUAUAUGGCGAACGGGACAAGGAAGGGCCAAUGAGACAGCCAUUGUUACUUUACAACCGAACCUGCUUACGAAGGAUCCUGUGAUAAUGAGCGUCAAUCGGCUUCUGUUACUGAACAUGACGAAGUUGGCUAUCAUCCUGCUGCUGAGAUACAGCGCUGUGGCAUCGGCCGAGGAGUUCACGGAAGGGGUUGUACCGGAUGGGGACUUCUAGCACUGAUUGUUCCCGG